UAGUCUGUAGUCUGUAGUGCACGUGCACAGUACAUUGUGCAGUUUGAAAUUUUUAUGGAAUACGUAGUAAACGUACUUUAAUCAGGAAUAGUAUAUCAACUAAUUAAUUAAAUAAUGGAUCCUUGUAGUCUUAUAUAUGAAAGAAAAGGAGAGAUGUCGUUCUACACUUCAUUUCCAAAUAGAAAUGACUUAGUUUGCACAAUGUGCAAAAUAGAUAUUACCGAAUUGCGCGACUCGUCAGCAAAAUCAAAUUUUCAGUGGCAAAUAAUGAAGUGUCGAUCGCUUAUUUAUUUAAUUUCUGACGUGAUCGCUUCACCAGUGCGUGGUAAGACAAGCACAUUCAUAUUUGUCGUUGUGCGGAAACAGCUUGCCGAAGCUGGGAAACUGGCAAGAAUUUUAGAAAAUUUUAAAUUAAUGAAUCCAGAAAGAGUGCCACUUACGACCGAAAUAUAUAAAGAAUGUCUUACAUUUACGAUACAAACUAGAUUAGCUCCGUUAUGGAAUAAAGUCGGCGAUUAUCUUGUUAGAGGAAAAGAAUUUUAUAAUUCUAUUGACGAAGUUGACGCAGUGAAAUUAAAUAUAAAUAUCCAGGAUGGAAACAUAUGUCUAAAGCUUCAUGCGGAAAAAAUUAGAAUUCCACGUGUAAAAUUUGAAGAUUAUGUUCCACCGUCUGGUAUAGUAAAUUUUCUAGCAGAUCCUAAAGGAUAUAUUAACUUAUCUAAUUAUCAACUUCCAUUUGUACACGUAUUACCAAGUACAAAGAGAGGCAAAGUAGUGUCUAUAUCCAAAGAGCUUCCAUUGAAAUGUGUCUUUAAAGAUUAUGAUCAAUUACGCAGACAUUGGAAAAAUAUGUAUGGAUAUUCAUUACCAAAGAAUAAAAACGACAUCUCUGCAUUCUAUCAAAUUAAGUUUCUAAUACCAAAAUCAAAUAUUUUCAUUUAUCCCAGUGUGUGUGUAACAAGUGGUUCAUUAGAUAUUAUUCCAAGUAGAAGAGAUAAGGAUCCAAUAAUCAAACACUUUAUCUCUGAUAUACAUUCGAAGUUACCACUUGUUUGUGGCAAACAGUUACAGAUAUCUAAAUGCAGUCCAGUUACAGCUGUAUCUUCAAAUGCAAAUUCAACAUGUACUGAGAAAGACUCACUAAAAAAAGUUGUAAGCAUAGAUCCUGAGGAAGAAGAUAAUACUACUGCACAGUUAGAAUUUUCAGUUAAAAGUCUAGAUGAACCUACGAAAAAUAUCAAUACUGCAGUAUCAGUAAAAAUGCCAUUAGCUAAACUACACCAAUUUCAUAAUGUACCAUAUGACGAGAAUAUAAGAUAUAAUACAAACGACAGAAAUAUGAAAGAAAAUCAGGAUGGAACUCAAUAUUCAAACACUGAACAAGAUCCGUGUGAUGAAAAUAUAGAAAACUUUUAUAUUGAAACUAAUAUACCAACCAGUUCAAGUGGUAAAUUUACUGUAUCAAACGGAGAAAUGAUCUCCAAAUAUUUUAAGAGCGAAAAGAAACGUCCAGGACAGAAACUGCUAAAUAGUGCAGAGAGACAAAAAUAUUUAACUCUUAGAGAGACAGUAACAAAAACUAGAUCUAAUGAAAAUAGAUGUACUUCGUUACAAGAAAUGGACGAGAAUAAUAUAGAAACAAUGGCUCGGAGGAAUCGGUUACAUGAAUUACAGCAUAGCGACUUAAGUGAUUGGCUAAAAAAGCAUUCCAUUCAACACAAAUCCAAAGAAACAAAAUCAGAAUUAAUAAAGAAAGUACUAUCUCAUAUGAGGAAUACACAAAUAUUAAAUAAAUUUCGUAUAUAGAUGAAAGAGUACCUGAUUAAAGUAAAAAUAAUAAUUACUUACAGUAAGUGUUUAAAAACUAUAAAGUUUAUCAUCAAACGUUUUUAUUAUACUUUUAUAAACAAGUACACUAUGUGGAAAAUAUUAAAUAACAACAUACAUAAAUCUAAGGAAAGAAAAUCAAAACUAAUAAAAAAGAUAUUAUCUCAUAUGGGGAAUAGAGAAAUACUACAUAAAUUUCGCAUAUAUAUGUAAGAGUAUCUUAUUAAAUAAUAAUAAUU